AGGAGGAUUCUGUGUUGUCUCGCGUGCACUGUUUACAUAGACUUAGUCGCGUUCGAACGGAAAGUGCUGGGUAUUUUUUUUAUUCAAAAUCGGCUGAAAUUACAAAAGUCAAGUGGAAACCGAAGGCGAAGUGGGCGGCAAACUUGUCUACAUGCUCGCUGAACCCGAACGAAAAAGAAACCGUGCUGCUGACUGAGAUGGUCAAGCAAUGCCUUGUUCCGACGCUCUGCCUGGAAUGACCGAUCACCAAGGACAUGCAAGUCCCAGAAAACUACCGCACCGUCUUCCGACCGCUUAUGCUCCAGCUCCAGCUCUCGAGGACAUGGUCAAGUUCAAUCUCGAGCGCUGCAACCUCGCCCUCCUCCACCAGCAGAACACCGGCAGACUCUUCAUCGUCCUGUUUGAGAAGAAAAAGAAGCUGCUCUCGGAGGUACUACCAGUUCGUACUAAUUUGAACCAAGGACAAACUGUCCUUUUCCGUCAGGCCCACGUCAAGAAUCGACAACGGAAAACCUCCGAGAGCAGCUUCUUUUUCUUCUCAAACAGGACGAUGAAGAGUCUGCCGGUGUUCUGCUGGUGGAGGAGGGCGAGGUUGCAGCGCUCGAGAUUGAACUUGACCAUGUCCUCGAGAGCUGGAGCUGGAGCAUAA